UAUCUAAAUUAGUCUUAGUUUCACCGUGAAUAAUUUCGAAUAUGAUUUUCAAGCGAAGAUUGCUUCGAUCACCGGACGCACAACGGAUUAAAAUAUUAUGCAUACGAAUCGUUAUUGUUUUACUCGUGUUAAAAAUGUUAUACAGUUUAUUCGCUGGAAAUGUUAGUUUCUGGAGAAGUGAAAUAAUUGUGCAAAGCGAUUUAUUGGAUUAUAAUGAGGAUGGACUUCGUCCUGGAUGGCCAUUUCAAAUUACAAAAAAUUAUCACAUGUACGAUCUUCGGAAAUACUCUCCGAAACAGAAAAUUAUUUCAAAUUCUCGACCAGGAGACGAAGGUAAACCUAUUAUAAUUCCAAUAUUGGAAGAUUUGUCAGAUGCGUACAGUGAAUAUGAAAUAAAUAUUGUGGCAAGCAAUAGAGUUACACCAAAUCGCUCGUUGCCUGAUUAUCGUGAUCCAAAAUGUAUAGAUAUCACAUAUCCAAGUGUAUUACCGACGGCAAGUGUGGUGAUUGCCUUUCAUAAUGAAGCGUUGUCCAUUUUAAAAAGGGCCAUUUUGAGUGUGAUUAAUCGAUCUCCGGAUGAAUUACUCGAGGAAGUGAUUUUGGUAGAUGAUUUCAGCGAUAAAGCUGAUUUGAAAGAAUCAUUUGAAAAAUAUUUGAGUGGAUUGCCAAAAGUGAAGCUCAUAAAAAUGGAUAAAAGAGAAGGUGUGAUUCGGGCACGAUUGAUAGGGGCAGAAAAUGCGCGAGGGCAAGUGUUAAUUUUUAUGGACGCAAAUACGGAAGCCAAUGACGGUUGGAUGGAACCUUUAUUGUCUCGGAUUGCAAGUGAUCGAUCGGUUGUCGCUCUUCCGCAUAUCGAUCAAAUUAAUCCAACAUCAAUGGCCUACAACACAUAUCACACGAGUCCUAUAUAUGGAAUUGGUUGGAAUUUGCAUGUCGAAGUACUUCCAAAACCAAAACGUGAAACGAUCAGAAAUCGUGGUGAUGAAAAUGCCCCUUAUCGAACACCCGUUCUCAUCGGAUGCGCGUUUGCUAUAGACCGUGAAUUUUUCUUUGAAAUUGGCACAUUUGAUGCUGAAAUGAAUAUUUACGGAGGCGAAAGCACCGAACUAUCUCUGCGAGUAUGGAUGUGCGGGGGAGCCGUGGAGAUUUUGCCAUGCUCUCGAAUUGGUCAUUAUUUCAGGUCGUUACCAUUUUCUUUCAAUGCCGAAAAAGAAGAGAUUCUUCUUUAUAACAAUCUUCGAACAGCUGAAGUCUGGAUGGACGAGUACUUAGCUUUCUUCGAUUCUCUUAUAUCGCCACUUUUGAGAAAAAUCAAAGCUGGUGACGUAAGCAAGCGGCUUGCCAUUCGUCAGAAUCUAAAAUGUAAGAACUUCCAUUGGUAUAUGAAAAAUGUUUUCCCUGAAAGCGUGAUGGUCACCAAACCAAAGAAAAUUGGCCAAAUUCAAAGAUUGGGGUCAAAAUACUGUUUAGAUAGAUUGGGCCGGGGUUUAAACAAUCAAAUUGGUAUCUAUAUGUGCCAUGGCAAUGGAUACAGCCAGGCAUUUAGUUACCAAAAUAAUCAUCAAAUCGUUUUUCAUCCCACAUUGUGUUUGAGUCGUCGCCAAGAAACAAUGAAUGAAACCGUUGCGUCAAGCACGAUCUUGAAUGUCACCGACACUCUAACAACUUCGGAAAAUGAAUUCAAAAAUGAAACACAAUUCCUUCUAGAAACAAAACAUGUAGUUCUUCUACAGUGUGAUGCAAACAACGGCAACAAAUGGUUAUAUGACCAAGCAAAAAACCAAAUUGUCCACAUCGCAACGGGCUUGUGUUUGGCCACUGAGCUUUGGAUGGUGAUCGUAACACCAUGCAAUUUAAAGGACGAAAGACAACAUUGGAAAAUCUUAAGUUUCAAUGAAUACAAGCAGAAUUUAAUGCUUAAUAUUGAUAAAAUCUAGUAAUCUCAAAUUCUAUAAAUGUGAUAUAAUAGGUGAACAACAAAUUUAUUAGAAAAUCAGCUACUCAAACAUUUGCACACAUUUUGCCAAAACCACAGCAUUUGCCAAUUAUUUUUUGGAAUGAUUACAUCUAAAUUCGAUUCAUGUUAAAUAAAUAACGAUGUUGUUUGAUUAA